CCCUCUUUAGCCAUCCAAACAGCUUGAGAAGCGAAAAUCAAGCCACUGUCGACAAAGGCCUUCAACAAGGCCUCCUUACCACCCAACAUGGACUCACAAUACGAGACAAAAAAGAAUGACCCAAACGCCAUCAUGCCGUACCCAGAGUCGAACGAUGAGCAUGUUGGCGAGGUCCGCGGCUUGGGCGGCGGCAUCAUGGACAAGGAGCCUGAGGCCCAGGAGGGCCAUGCCAAGUUCCACCGUCUCGGCUGGAAACGUCUGACGGUCGUCCUCAUCGUCGAGGCUAUUGCCCUCGGCUCUCUCUCGCUACCCGGCGCCUUCGCUACCCUUGGUAUGGUGCCUGGUGUUAUUCUCUCUGUCGGCAUGGGACUCAUCUGCAUCUACACGGCUCACGUUAUCGGACAAACCAAGCUCAAGCACCCUGAAAUCGCCCACUAUGCCGACGUUGGUCGUGUCAUGUUUGGAAGAUGGGGAUAUGAAAUCAUCAGCUUCAUGUUUGUUCUGCAGCUGAUCUUCAUCGUCGGCUCCCACGUCCUCACCGGCACCAUCAUGUGGGGCACCAUCACGGAUAACGGCAACGGUACCUGCUCUCUCGUCUUCGGCAUUGUCUCCGCCAUCAUUCUCUUCCUCCUUGCCAUUCCUCCCAGUUUCGCCGAGGUUGCCAUCCUUGGAUACAUCGAUUUCGUCUCCAUCUGCGCCGCCAUCCUCAUCACCAUGAUUGCUACUGGCAUUCGCUCGAGCCACCAGGAGGGUGGCCUCGCUGCUGUUCCCUGGUCUUGCUGGCCCAAGGAGGACCUCAGCCUUGCUGAGGGCUUCAUUGCUGUCAGCAACAUUGUUUUCGCCUACAGCUUCGCCAUGUGCCAGUUCAGCUUUAUGGAUGAGAUGCACACCCCCUCCGACUACAAGAAGUCCAUCGUUGCUCUCGGCUUGAUUGAAAUCUUCAUCUACACCGUUACUGGUGGCGUCGUUUACGCUUUCGUCGGCCCCGAGGUCCAGUCUCCUGCCUUGCUCUCUGCUGGCCCUCUUCUCGCCAAGGUUGCUUUCGGCAUUGCCCUCCCCGUCAUCUUCAUCUCUGGCAGUAUCAACACUGUUGUCGUCAGCAGGUAUCUGAUUGAGCGUAUCUGGCCCAACAACGUCAUUCGCUAUGUCAACACCCCGGCGGGUUGGAUGGUCUGGCUUGGUUUUGAUUUUGGCAUUACCCUCAUUGCCUGGGUCAUUGCUGAGGCCAUCCCUUUCUUCUCCGAUCUGUUGGCCAUCUGCUCGGCUCUCUUCAUUUCCGGUUUCAGCUUCUAUUUCCCUGCCUUGAUGUAUUUCAAGAUCACCAGGAACGAUGCCAAGAGCCAGAGCAAGAAGUACUUCUUGGAUGCCCUCAAUGUGGUCUGCUUCGUCAUCGGCAUGGGCAUUCUUGGUAUUGGUACCUACGCCGCUAUUCAGGACAUUAUGGACCGUUACGACCAUGGCAAGGUUUCGAAGCCUUAUAGCUGUGCUCCCUUGGCUUAAUCCGGCCCAACGCACGCUCAUGAUCCUGUUUUU